UACCUUUUUCACUCGGCGUGUGUCCUCAAACCGAGCCAAAAUGCUUACAGAUAUGAUAGUGGAAGAGGGAUUUGAACAUAACGAAGAGGAGCUGUGGUACAGCAGGAAGGAUUUGGAGCAGGAUUUACAUUUGGCCGCGCAGCUGGGAAAGACUCUGCUGGACCGGAACCAUGAGCUUGAGCAGGGGCUUCAGCAGAUGUACUCCACCAACCAGGAGCAGCUGCAGGAGAUCGAGUACCUGACCAAGCAGGUGGAGCUCCUGAGGCAGAUGAAUGACCAGCAUGCUAAAAUGUACGAACAGCUGGACACGGCGGCGCGAGAUCUGGAGAUGACUAACCACAGUCUGGUGCUGGACAACCGCACGGCCCAGGGAAAGAUUCAGAGUCUAACCGAGACCAUCGACAGCCUGCAGGUUCAUAUGGAGAGUCUGCAGAAGCAGGUGGAUGAGCUGAAGGCCGCACAGUGCGAGCGGUCCAGGAAAGAACGUGCUGAAGCACGCCGAAGCCUGGCAGCCCAGAGCAUCUCCUGCCUGAAAGAGCUCUACGAUCUGCACCAGGACACACGGCUGAGCUGUGAGAGCCUGAGCUCGGAGCAUGUGUGGCAGGCUCUGGAUGCCAGGCAGAUGGUGGAAGAGGAGAACGCCUCCCUUCAGAGCACCCUGCGGACCCUGCAGGCUCAGCUGGUGAGCGAGCGUGAGCAGCGGGAGGCCGCAGAGCGGGCCGCUGAACUGACGGACCAGGAGAACAGGGUGCUGGAGCACCGGGCCACUCUGCUGGAGGGGGCACAGCGCCGUCUGGCCGAGCUGGAGGCCGAGGUAGAGGAGCUGCGGCUGCUGUGGCGCUCAGAAGCCCCCAGCACCAGGCCCACAGACGCCCUGCUGCCAGACAGCGUCUUCUUCCCUUCAGAGGAGAAGGUGAAGCCAGAGGAGGAGGAGAAGGAAGAGGAGGAGCCGGUCCCGGAGAGACGACGCUGUAGUAGUGAGAGUUACGUCCGGGGCACAUGGGCCGAGGAGCUGCGGCGGGGGCAUGAUCGCACGUGCGUGCGGCGAACAGAGGGACAUUCGCAGGCUGUGAGGCAGCGUGGGAUAUCUCUGCUGAAUGAGGUUGACGCUCAGUACAGCGCGCUGCAGGUUAAGUAUGAGGAGCUGUUGCGCCGCUGUCAGCGCGGAGCCGAUGGCCUCAGCCACAAGGCCGUUCAGACGCCUGCCUCACGCCGGUCCAGCUCCGUGACUACUGUCACCACGGCGACCGCAUCCAUGACGGUGGAAUCAGGCUGCCCCGCAGAUGAGCUGCACCAGCCAGAGUACAAGACCCUUUUUAAGGAGAUCUUCACCUGCAUCCAGAAAACCAAAGAGGACCUGAGUGAGAACAGGGCCACACUGAGUCAGCAGCAGUAGUGGAAGCUCCACUAUUGUUGCAGAUAGCAGUAUUCUUAAUAACCCCCAUUCAUUCUAAUGAUCGGGGGCUUUGCACUUACCUCGCUUUGUGUAAAUUGGAUGAAGCAGGUGUUGAGGAGCUCGUGAAAGCUGGUCUUAUGAGACAUCGUAAGGUGCUGUGGUUUUUGCACUAUGACACCUGUGCCUGUAUUCAGCAUACAGUAACCAUAAUACAUACCGUCCAUAAUUAACAGUGCAGAGUCGUUCGGCUAGUAUUUUAUACAACACCCUUUUCUGAUAAAGUCCAGUCAUUUGUACCCAUAUGGACCUCUGAGAUUAGCCAUGCAUGAGAGCGACACCUGAUUGUAGCCCUGCUUUGAUCUGCUGCUGGUUGUAGAGCAAUCUGGCCUGCUUGUUUGUAGUUAGACGAGAAGCUAACUCUUUUUUCCUCUUUUACUUCUUAAAUAUUUGCCAGGGUAGUCUUGAAUAUUAUAAUGUAGGCCGGCUCCUAGCAGUUAGUAACUAACAUGGUUCCUACAUUAGCGUUGUAGAUUGUAUGCAAGAUGAAGCCUUGAAAUUAGAAAUGCGGUGUUGCUUGUAGCCAAAAGUUUAACCAGAGUCUGAGGAUCACGCUAGUUUUGGUGGUCAGUUAUUGAAAAGAAAACGCUUAUUUCAAGUGAAAUUCGUGAAGGUAGUUGUGUACAUUUGCAUAUUUUAUACUUUGUACAAAUUCAAGCUUACCUCAUCAGUGCUGUGUACUAAUAAAAUGGCCAGACUAAGCUUGGGUCAACUAGGGAAGCGUGCUUGGGACGCUUUAGUGUGCGUAUUGGCUAGUUUAGAGCGAGUUGUAGCUCACAGUUUGUGAUGCUAAAUCACUCUGCACUUUAUGCAGAUUUUAUGGUCAGGUUUUUGUUGUUGUUUUGUAUUUAUUUUUUUUCCACAUUGGUGUAGAUAAGAGAUUUAUUUAUUUUCAUAUUUUUGUUCAUUCACUGUAUUUAUCUUUUGAUUUUGCAUGUAGCAAAACUGCGUCUCAUUAUCUGGCUGCUGCAUUAUGGAGUCUGAGGCUACACUGAAAUGUAAUCCAUUGUGAUAGACAGAUAUAUAAACACUGAUUCAAUGUUUCAUUGAUGGAUUAGAUUGAUUAGAAUUUGUAUCAAUGUUAGUUUAUGUUGGCUCACAUGGGAGAUCUUGCUUUGAGUAGAAGAGGCCCGUUGAAUAGCUACUUAGAUUGUUACUAAUUGUUUUACUGGUUUAAUCUCACAGCCUUUAAUAGGCUAGAAGUAGAUCCAGUCUAGUUUGGGCAGAUGGUCUACUUUUGUCCAAUAAGAAGGGUUCAUUAUUUAGUCAAUUUCUUAACACAAAGCCUGUGGUACUUGAUACCUAAAGCCAGGAACAAGGUCUUAUUUUCUUCUACAUCCAAACGUUUUCAGGCUUUGUGGGUUCUGCUGCAAUAUGACAUUUUGGGUUUGGUCUUUGUGCACAGAUGUUGGUGAAAGUGGCAGUUGCCAGUGAUGAAAUGGCUGGUUGGAUAAUGUGAAAAUUGGAUCAUAUUUGGGAGUAAAAGAAAAUGAAUGUUGGAAAAAUAGAAGAAUUGAUUUGUAUGUGCUCCACCCACUAAUGUGUUCCUUUGUAGCACUGGUUGCAAGUUUGGACGAGCUUUGUUUGGAGUCACCACAUAAUGCUCUGUUUGCAGUAAAUGCGUAGCUACCGAGCUGGACUGUGGUGUCGUAGCUGAUUGAAUCUAAGCAGGCUGGAAACAACAAUGCCAAAUUUUCUAAUGCUAACUUGAAUACAAACCAAAAUACUCCAUUGAUUAUUGAUUGAUUAUUCCUAACAGGCAAUUUAUUGACAUGUACACAUGCAUUUUUUUUUCUUGUCUGUUUUUACUUUUACUUUUCAGUAAUGGAUUUUCAUGAUAUUUUGAUUUAUUGUAUCAAUAUAAUGACUAGGGGUGUAACAGUGCAUGGUGACAUUGUGAUAACGAGAAUGGACAUUCUAUUUAUUAUGGUAUUGAAUGCAGUUAUACUGGUUGGAUACAGAAGUUUGCAAACAACCAGCACCAAACAACCCAUACCAGCAUGUUCAAGUAGCAAAUCCAGUAUCAAAAAUCAAAUCAUGGGCCGAGUGUAUUGUUACACCCCUAAUAAUGACUUAUUUUCUUGUGUUUGUGUAGAAAUAACAACUUAAGAAACUUAGAACUUGGAAAGUUUGACUUUUUAAAUUUCUGGUUGAUGUCAACAUUGUUACUUGUAUUGAAAUUCUGACCUAAUAUAUCAAAAUAAUGACAUUUUCUCACAAACCUAACCCACCCUGAAGAAAUAACUUAGUAUGUUUACAUAACCAGCUGUUAAAUUGUGAGUAAGGAACUAUUAUUAUUUUAUUUAUUUAUUUGGAUAAGUUGUUGUUGUUGUUGUUGUUAUUAUUAUUAUUGUUAUUAUUAUUAUUAUUAUUAUUAUUAUUAUUAUUAUUAUUUAUUUCAGUACAGUCAGAAUUUCGAGGGAGGAAAUAAUCCUUAUUUUAACAUAGUAAGCCAGUAGGUGAUUGUCAUUAUUAAAUCAGACCUUCAUGAAGUAAUCAUUGAGUCAUUAUAUCACCUUAAUAAUUCAAAAUCAAGAGAAAAGUUAUUAUUUUGAGAAUUAAAAAGUCAAACUUGCAAAAUAAGUCAAAAUUUGAAUAUAUUGCUUUGAUAUAUUGAGAAACACAAAGGGGGAGGAGUCCCCCCACCCUUCCCUUCUUCUAUGUGGUGGAAAUGGGCUUCCUUAUCCAGCCUCGCCACAGGAAAGAACACGUUUGUGGGUGGAGGAUUGAUGGGUGCGUUAAUAACUGUUAUUCCAUUGUUCAGAAGCUGGUGUUGUGAUGCCUGAACAUGUAGGGAGUAAACAGUGGACUGUCUGAGAGAAAAAUGGGUGGAUUGUAAGUUAUGUUGGGUUGAGUUGCACCAAAACAUACGGUGGGUGUUUGGCGUUCCUUGUUUCAAUGCGUCUUUUUAGAAGUGACCACUAGGGCUGACUUUCUGUUUCCAAAUUGUAGGCAGGUCACAACUAUAGCACAAUCCUGCUGGAGUGGUCAAACAACCUGUUUUUUUAAAGGACUGAGAUGUUAUUUAUUCUGGAUAAACAUACCUCAGAAUCCUCCUUCACAGCCACACUCAACAUUCCUGAAAAUCCUUCAGGCUUCCCGUCCUGCAUCAUGUGAAUGGAACGUAAACAUGGGAAUGUAAGUUAAAGGCAAUAAGAAGUUAAGAUUGGGUACAUUGUUCAUGCUCAUGCUUUUGGAAAGCAGUGGCUGUAAACUUACUUUUUUUGUUGUUGUUGAAAAAUGUAAAGAAAUGUUAAAUGCUUUGAUGAGAAAUGCUGGCUUGCAAAUUGUUCUUUUCCAAAAUUUGCUGCUUGAAUUGCCUGUAAAGCAGCGCUCACGCACAUUCCAGCCUGGCAUCUUACCAAUCUGUCCCUGAUCACAUCCGUCCAUUGGUUUAUGACCACUUUAUUAUAUUUUUUAAGUCUAUAAAGACUGUAAAAGUUACUGUUUUGGACACUUUUUUUUUUAUUCAUGUUCUUGAUAAAUGGUUCUAAAAUCGAACAUGAAAUCUGUUACAUGGUGCUAAGGUUCAUAGACCCUUUGUAGUUAAAUGCCAUAGAAAUGCCUUUUUAAAAGAUCUACAGCAUGUGAGGAUUAUUACAGUGGCAUGAGCAGAGACUAACACUUGCUUAGGGUUUUAAAUAGCCUAUUAAAAAGAUUUGCAACAAUCAA